UGCGCUCAGUACUCGCGGCACGCUCGUCCUCAUCGGUCGGUCUUUUCACUGCGCGUCCGCAGACGAAGUCGACAAGCCGGAAAGGAAGGAAGACGUCGUUUACUCACUCGCAGCGACCAGUUUUUCGGUCAACGCAAACACACAAAAAGUGAUAUCGUUUGUUUGUUUUGCCCCAACUUAAGUCAGUGUCCGUAAAUCACACACUAACGAGUGUUUAAUCAUAAACCGGUGUCCGAGCGCGCCCGCGUGUAAUUUAUUACUUAAGUUAAGUCAAGUCAUCUCACGGGCGGACAAUGCGCGAUGCUGCGCGAUGCAUAAACACACCAAUUAGCUAUGCAAUGAAUGUGUUAACAUAAAUUAAUUAUAUCGGUGGCGUUUAUUGAUUGACUCAUCAUUAAGUAAGAUUUAAGUGUAGCGGAAUGUACGAUUUGCGGCUUACGUAAUCGAAUGACAUUGCCAUUGCUGCGAAACGUGAAACAAUAAAAACAAAGCAUAUUAUGGAUAACUAUUCGACCAGACACACGAAAGGACGACCGCUGCCUAAAACCAAUUAUUAUCCACCGACCUAUGGACGCACCUACAGACAGCAAGAAAAUCAACACGUUUUGUUUGGAUAAUCCUUAUAAACAAAUUAAGAACUUCCACCAGCGGUGAUUACUUCCGAAUGACUACGCGUUUUCAUCACGAAAUUCAGCGCUGCUCUGGCAUGAUACGAAACAAAUGCCUAAAGUUGCUGCAACUGGUCACUCAAAGGGCAAAUAUUGCUCGAUAGCGCUCGCUGCAGCGACGUUUUUUGUUCUUAUUGCAGUCUUGUCUAUUGCUGGGCUUGCUUUGUACAUGGGAGCACUUAGAAGUGAACCAUCAUCACCUUUGAUUACGUUUUUAUGCCGAGCGAAAGUCGUCCGCGGUGAUAGAUUCAUUGUAGGACUGGUUGAUAAAGCUCGACGCUACCGAAUGCAGUUCGAAACUUUAUACCAACGCUCCUCACUAGGUGGCGCGUAUGUUUCCAGCACUGUUGAUAAAUUCGGUAAUGAUACACGAACAAUAUUCUUCCGGGUAACGUUGAAUCGUAAAAAAAUACCAAGACAGAUCUACAAUGUCGAAAAGAGUCUCAAAGAUAUUCUUCUGAGUGAUGCCAAUAGUAGAAAACCUGUGUUUCCGGGUAUACAAUUCGAAGCAAAGUCUUUGACUGUCAAAAGAGUCGAUGCUGAUUUGUAUCAAAGACAACCCGUUAAUGUAUCGACAAAACCUAAAGAAAUCACACUACCCAAACGUCCUCAUCCACAUGGCAUGCUUACAAAACCCUCGCAGGUUGCUACAAUUAAGAAGAUUACUAAUGACACUAAAGAAGGUACCAUGCAAAGCUCAUUUGUCCAAGGGUCGUUUAAAAUCACCAAAACAGACGCGGAUAUCACCGAGAAGAAUACGACAAUCGGAACAAUUACGGCCACACAGUUGAAUGUGAAUACGCAGGGGUCAACAAGACCGCAAGCGGCUUUGUCUCCAUCUGUGGUACCGCCGAAGCUGAAAGAGACCUACGUCACGAGUGCAUUGUUCAAGCUUGCGUCUGCGAAACCGACCACGACCACAACCACUGCACCUUCCUUAUCGUCAUCGCCAUCAUCAACAUCGGCGAUAUCGAAAUCAUCAACAACGGCGACCCCGACCACGACGACCACAAUGCGUCUGCCAGACAAACACAGCGCACACACAACUGUUGCCACGAAGGUCACGACGCAGCGUCCGAUAAAUCCAUUCUUUGGUUCGAACCUAUUCAACCAGGAACCUUGGGUGCCGAUUUAUCACAGCUUGGAGACGAGCACGGCCACAACGACACAGUUGGAUGUCAAACAGCCGGAGCAUGCGCAUGUGGACAACAGCGAACCUAUUUAUACCAGCUUUACUAAUCAAGGCCUUUCGUGGCAAGGUCUGGACGCUGAACGUCUAGGGUCCACAAAGGUUGAAGGGCAUCCAUUGCCAGUGAACAAGAUAUCCGAUGCUACAUCACCGAUUGAUUCAGGGGCUGAUGAGGUGUACUUUACAACACCUUAUUUAAUAUAUUCGGAAGCAGAAACUCCUCUUUCUGAAGAAACGGUGAUGCAGGGAAUUGAGAACCGUCAAGGGGAAGAUGACCUCACCCUCUUAAAUGAUCCUAGUACCACUUUAGAGACUAGAUUUGUUGAGGUGGCUACUUUAAAGUAUCCUGGAAUGAUUCAUAGUAUACAAAAACAACUCCUGGAACCAGCUGGUACCAUUUCUAGUAGUACUACAACUUCUACCACACCAGCAAGUACUACUUCUACUACUACCACUACUGCCACUCCAGAAAGUCCUAAUGUAGGUCAAGCUGAGGUUAUAGAAGCUGAUGAAGUAUCUCUAAUGAUGGCCACAACUAAAUUACCUCUUGUGACCCUUUUACCAGUAAAGUCCAACUCAGGUGUUGGUAGACCCAUUCGGCCAAGACCCAAAAGACCCAAUGAAACAUCAGAAACACGCAGUUUUGCCACAAACAGCAAAAUAAACGAUUUUACCAGUUCUGGUAUACAUAAAUCUGACCUACCCUAUGUACACACUGAAGUGGUCACCUCAGUAAGUCAAGAAUACACCCACAAAGUCAAAACCAAUAAAAACAACCUAAACGCCUUCCAAAUAGUCGGCGUUUUAAAUUUUGCGACUGAAAUACCCACAACUACAGAAUCCUCAACUUCACCUCCUGAAGAACUCAUCAAAAUGGAACCCCAGCCAUUUCAACAGAUCCUAACCCCAGAAAAACUCGCGGAAUUAUCAAAAAUAAGCAAAUUAAACACUAAUUCAUCAUCGGGGGUAAUUUCUACAAAAGCUGUGGCAAGCGCAAGUUCAAAUUCGAAUGGUUUUAACAUGUUGACGAAAACCUAUAACAAAAUUCCGCUGGAGGAUGUCUUCAAAGAAGAAAAGAACAAAUUACCUCACGUCGGUUAUAAUCCGCUGUACUUUGAAUCGAUCAACGCGUCGGAAUGCACGAAUUACACGAUACAAUGCGGGGACGGACAAUGUUUGCCCAACUCGACGCGCUGCAACAAUUUGGUCGACUGUGCGGAUGGUUCCGACGAGAAGGACUGCAACUGCGCCGAUUAUCUGCGCUCCCAAUUCUUGCUGAAGAAGAUCUGCGAUGGUAUCGUGGACUGUUGGGACUUUUCGGAUGAAAAUCGUUGCGACUGGUGUCAACCGGGACAAUAUGUCUGCGGGAAUUCAAAGAUGUGUAUUAACCGGACGAGUAUCUGUGAUGGUGUUACCGAUUGUCCGAAUGGUGAUGAUGAACGCCAGUGUGUGACAGUAGCGCCGGAUUUAAACUCCGCUGAUGAAUUCCCGUACAAUGCGGAUGGGUUUCUGAUGGUGCGAAAGAACGGCGUUUGGGGCAAGCUGUGCGUGGCGAACUUUGACUCGGUUGUCUCCAGGUCGCGGAUGAGCUGGGAAGUUACCGAUUUGGGUCAGGCGGUUUGCAAAGCAAUGACUUACAAGAAACUGGAGUCUACGAAUGUAAUCAAAGAAAAUGUCUUGAACACCCGCUAUGAAGACACACCAUACUACGAAUUGAGUUAUUCAUUCAACAAUGCAACGAAAUCAAGUCUAACCUUUGAGAAUACCACGUGUGAGGCGAAAGAGGUUGUUGUGGUUAAGUGUGAUUCAUUGGAGUGCGGUGUACGACCUCAACUUGGAAAGAAAAACGCUAGUCGUGUGUACAGGAUUGUGGGAGGUGGUAAUGCUGGUUUGGGCGCGUGGCCUUGGCAGGCGGCUUUGUACAAGGAAGGAGAGUUUCAAUGUGGUGGUACCCUUAUCUCAGAACGAUGGAUAUUAUCAGCUGGACAUUGUUUUUAUCAUUCCCAGAAUGAUCAUUGGGUGGCGCGUAUGGGUAACCUUCGUCGUGGUACCUCUCUACCUUCACCCUACGAGCAAUUACGGGAUAUUAUCAGUAUUCACUUGCAUCCUGGCUAUGUGGAUGUGGGUUUUAUCAAUGACAUAUCACUUUUAAGAAUGGAAGUGCCUGUUAUAUUUAGUGAUUAUGUCAGACCCAUAUGUCUCCCGCCAGCUGGUGUGGCCCCACAUGAUGGGAGAAUCUGUACUGUUAUUGGUUGGGGCCAAUUGUUUGAAAUUGGACGUAUUUUCCCUGAUACCCUACAAGAAGUUCAGGUACCAAUCAUUUCCACAGCUGAAUGUCGCAAAAGAACCCUAUUUCUACCGUUGUACCAAGUAACAGACGACAUGUUUUGUGCUGGUUAUGACCGUGGUGGUCGUGAUGCUUGCCUAGGCGAUUCUGGUGGUCCUCUAAUGUGUUCCGAAAGUGAUGGUAGGUGGACCCUUCAUGGGAUCACCAGCAAUGGCUACGGGUGUGCACGUGCCUUCCGUCCUGGUGUUUACACCAAAGUUGCUAACUACCACAACUGGAUCCAGUCCUAUGUGAAUACAAAUCAAACAAUUGAAGCUAAAAACAACAAAAAAGUUGAUAAAUGUAAUGGACACAGAUGUCCACUAGGCGAGUGCUUACCUAAAAGUAGAAUUUGUAAUGGAUUCAUUGAAUGUAGUGAUGGUAGUGAUGAAAAUGGAUGUUUGAAAGGGCUGAAGAGUUAAUACAGUGAAAAGAAAAGAGAUGAAGAUAUAAUGUGCUAGGCGGCGGACAGAAACCCAAAAGUUUGACAUCUUCGACACCUAGCACAUACGACAUGCAUCGUGAUAUAUAUAUUUUAUUUAAAAACGUAUUCCAUAUUAUUUAUUACGCAUGUGUACAAUAAAUAUAGAUAGACAUUGAA